AGUUGUCCAGAAGAUCGCUACGAAAAUGAAGUCGUUCUGUCUAUUGCUGGUGGUGCUAGUUGUGGGUGUGGUUUCUGCCACGGAUUAUUGCUCCUCGAGUAUCUGCAAUGGUGGCAAGCACAUUGCCUGUGGCCAUAACAACUGGUGGGACAAAAGCUGCCCCUCGGAUGCGGAAAUGCUCAAGUUGACCAAUGAGCACAAGGACUUGUUUGUCAAAAUGCACAACGAGAAGCGCAAUUAUAUUGCCGGGGGCAACGAUCCCAGACAUAGUGCCGCCUGUCGCAUGGCCACCAUGCAAUGGGAUGAUGAGUUGGCCUACUUGGCCGAACUGAAUGUCCGACAGUGCAAAAUGAGUCACGACAGCUGCCACAACACGGAUGCGUUUAAGUACUCCGGACAGAACUUGGGCUGGCAGGGUUACAGCGGAAAUCUACCCUCAAUGAAUACGAUUAUCGAGAAGAACGUGGCGAUGUGGUACAAUGAGGUGGCCAACUCCCACAGCGGCAUCAUUGAGGACGGAUAUCCAAGCGGCUACAGCGGACCUACCAUUGGACACUUUACUGUAAUGAUGUAUGAGAAGAAUAUACGCGUUGGUUGCGCCUCAUCUAGAUACACUAAAGAUGGCUGGAAUUCGGUGUUGACCGCCUGCAAUUAUGCAUACACAAACAUGAUUGGCAGUCGCAUCUACUCCAGCUGCAGCAGGGCGGCUCAAGGCUGCACCACAGGCACAGAUGGACAAUUCCGCAACCUUUGCUCCAUCAGGGAGUCGUACAAUGUCAACGGUUGGAAUUAAAACGAAGGAGAUCAUGUAUUCCUCGACAAAUGAUUAACAGCAA